UCGCGAAGCUUUUGCACAGUUCAAAACGUUUCGGCAACAUGUUCCGUUUUAUUACUUUGUUUGCUCUAGUGAGCGUGGCUUUGGCCGGUACCGUACCUACUGACUACGUUGAUGGUCGUAUCGUAAAAGGUGAGGCUACAACCAUCGAGGCUCAUCCCUACCAAGUAUCCAUCCAAAGAUUGAGUGGCUCUCACUUCUGCGGUGGCAGUAUCAUCGAUGCCACCACCAUUGUAACUGCUGCACAUUGCUUGCAAUCAAUCCGUGCUGAUCAAAUUCAGGUGCGUCUUGGCUCCACCUACUACAACAGAGACGGUCGUGCUGUGCGCGUUCGUGCUUUCAGAAAUCAUCCUGGCUACAAUGGCAAGACCCACGUUAACGAUGUUGCUGUAAUGAAAUUGUCUGAGUCGGUUGCUGAAUCUUCUCGCAUCCGUUAUGUCCGUUUGGCUGAUCGUACUCCACGCACUGGUACUCGUGCUGUUGUCACCGGUUGGGGUGUUAAGUGCUCACUAUUGUGCACCAAGGCUCAGGAAAUUUUGCAAGAAGUUGAGGUCGGUAUUGUUGAUAGGAACGCCUGCGCUUCCAGGGAAUACAAAUACGGUUCCGAAAUCAAGGAAACCAUGGUAUGUGCCUACGAUCUCGGCAAGGAUGCAUGCCAAGGUGAUUCCGGCGGCCCAUUGGUUGCCCACGAUGAAUUGGUCGGUGUUGUGUCUUGGGGCCGCGGUUGUGGUGCAGCUGGUUAUCCAGGUGUCUACGCUGAUGUUGCCGAGGAACGUUCCUGGAUCGAGGAAACUGCUCGCACUUUGUAAGCCGAUUUAUAUUUCUUAUAGAAAGGCAAACAGCAAUAUAAAUUUGUAUUUUGUUAUGUAAUUAAUAAAAAUUAAAGUAUUGAGUUUAUA